UUAUUGUUCAACAAAUUAUAAUCGCAUGUCUAAUUAUGUAUGCAUUUCUAUAUGUAUAAGGUAAUUGACAUGGGAUUUUGUUUUUUGAGGAAAAUAACAGCACAUAAAAUUAGAACCAACUGAAACGACCAAUCUCUAGGUGACCAUCAGUUCGCACAAUAGGCGGCCUUAAAAUUAGGACCGAUUAAUCAAUUUUUGAAAUAAAUCCAGAUUUACAAUUUGGAAUACAAGCUAUGGUUAUUGUUGAAGAAGAAUUCUGGAAGAGCUUAAAUAUGAAUUCAUCAACUAUUAAGGAUACACACGAUGUGAAGGGAAUGGAAAGUGUGGAUUACCAAUCAUCAGUUGGACAAGGACAAGAACAAAGACCUGUAGAAGUAAUUCAUCAGCCACAAAUUCAAUCAAACACUAGUGGUGGUGUAUUAGCUAAUGCUGCUGCCUCUGUUGCAUCCACCCUUGAGUCCGCCAAAAGAGCUAUUUCACGGAAAUAAUAAAUCUCUUGUCUAAUCUUUCUAAUACCUACCUACUUGUUUAUUUCUAAAUUGCGAAAAGUUCUUCAUGUAACUCCAUCGUCUAACCUACACAUCGGAUGUGUCCAUAGUUCAGUCUUAAAAAAAAUAUUCAUCGUGAUAUCUAUUAAUAUUGUUCACUACUCUUGUAUAAAUACUUGAUUUUUUUAAAUCGGACUUUUCACUUCUAACCUACAUUAUUGUCACUCUGUUAUAAAAGAUGAAGUUUGAUUA